AGCCAAACACACCAGCUUCUCGAGGGUUGACAAUGUAUCCUCCGUCAGUCCCAAGCAUCACCGUCGACUUUUCUUAGGAUGCUUGCUUGUGGGGUAUCUAUCAGCUUGUAGAGACCCUCGGCAACCAUGCAGACCAUUCCCAGUCUGGUGGGAACUGGUACUGCCAUAGCUGCUGCGGCCUCCGGCUUGGUGUUUGGCGAAUCACUCGAUCACGACAUCGGCGCCCACGCUCGAGACGCGACCUACUCUGCGCAUGGCCCUGUUUACGUGACGGAAGAGCCUCAACAAUACGCGCGACCCAGCAUACUGCCCUCGUCCAGGCCUGGCACCAGCUCUUUCAGCCCACCUACCGUGCUUGCCUCAGACAAGCAAGAAGUCUCGAGACCACCUCUCUCCCGUUAUCAGCGGCCGAGGACGUCCCAGUUGACCUCGCCACGAUUGCCCGGCAGGCGCCCCUCAAGACCGAGUCCAGCGGAACCAACAAGACCCUUUAACACAAUUGCAGAAACACCAAGGAACUCUAUAUCGUCCACUAACUCGUGGCUAAAGAGACUGUCCGGCCGACCCCUCUCUCAACACGGCAGCCUUCGUUCCAGUGUUGAGCCCGACUCGACGUCAAUCGCUACUUUCUCCCAGGGGUCCAGCGCGCCGAUUCUAUCGCCCAGCACCGCGACAGCCCGCUCUUCGGCACCAAACAAGCUAGUCAAGCGAACCCCAGGUGCGCCCGGCGAUGUCCAGCCUUCUCGCCCAAGGUCCAAUUCCUACCUCCCGGUGCUCAGAAGACCGGCCACGUCACACCAGCGGACAGCUACGCUACAGCUGCAGCAUCAGUCGAGUCCGACUGUGCCCGCUGAGUCGGCUCGGGGCUCUAUAGACCAAGCACAAGCCCAUGAACUUCUUCCUUCGCCCUUUGAGCGGCAGCACUCUACCCGAACAAAGUCUGGGUGGACAUCGUUCUUCCAUUCUCGCGCCUCGAGCAACAGUGGAAGAAGCAUUGGUCGAAUUGCAGACAUUAACUCGCCGUCACGCAACGACACUGUCAGGCGUGUAAGUGUCUAUAGAGACGACCAUCGCCAGAGGCCACACCUGGUCAAACCGGACAUGGUCUCUCCGACGCCAGACACACCCACGGCGGCUUCAAUGGCCGGCCGCAUUGCUGAACGGCGGGGACAGGCCGAGACCGAUGCUUCUGAGAGCGCAGACAAAACACCUUCGAGACCAUCUACACGGCGUUCCCUAUCCCGAACCCUCAGCUCGGCCGGGAAUUGGGUCACCAGAACGCCAGGAAGCUUGCGAAGGCCUACACGUGCAUCGACACCGAAAGAUGCUGGCCUCCGACAUGUGUCAGACCCUAGUCCGUCACAAGGCCGUAUUUCAGAUCGACGAGGCAAUCCCGCCGAGGGAUCGCCUGCAGACCCCAGCUUCGAUGCCACGCAACCGGGGCCGAAGCCAGGUUCGGCGACCAAGUCGACUUCGCCAGCACUCAGAAGAAACGUUUCUUCACCGUUGCCCCCGCUUUCAGGUGUCUCGAGUUUUCAUGGCGAUUUCUCGAGGACGGCAUCGGGCGGGGCGGUUAGGGUACAAAGCUUGCGCCAAAUUCAGCCCUCGGGAAGCUCUACUAGCUCCACUGCCUUGUCACAACAUCGAGGUCAGCAGCAUGAGCUCACUUCAACCAUGUAUGGUUCUGAGGGCGAUACCCGCGAUUUCAACUCGGUGGAUGAUGACGACACUGAUUUCAAGAGCGACACCAUGUUCGACUCAUUACGGACGGGGGGAUCGGGCCGCUUGCACGCUGUUGAGACGCCACUUGGGUCUAUGUAUGAUGAGUCACCUCCUAGUACGGCCGGCAAUGGCAAGGCCAAACGGUUAUCUAUACAAGAGAUACUCGGGAAAGACUGGGAAGCCAGCAGCAAGAUCUCAGAAGAAGACGAGAACACACAGACUCCAGUUCGGGAGAGGAAGACGGCAACGCACCUGGACACUGAAUAUGGGUUUGCUGGCAAAGACCACGGCCGAUUCUCGAUUGACGAAGAUUUCGACGAGGACUGGACCAGGGAUAUGGAUGACGCGCCUUACAAUGCCUUGUCACCGCCUUCAAAGGGGAGCUCGGUUAACCUGACGGCCGUCAACCCGCAUGUGCGACUUGCUCUGGCCAACGUUUGCGGCAACAGUGUACGAGAGGCCUUGGCGGGAGACCGCAAAGCUGAGAGGCCUUUGAGUAACAUAUUCGACUGGAGCGAGCCGCCUGCGCACGACAAAGCUGAUGCCACAGGCCAUGGUCUACGGCCGCAAACCGCGUACGCCAUUCAGGACGUGGACGCUAGAGGCGGGCGGUCGGCCAUUCGCAAGGGCCCGACACCAACACACGUCCGCAGCCAAAGUGUUCCCGUUGUGCAGGAAGCCGCUGAUGAGACCAAUGCCGCAGCUGGCUCCAAGUAUGGAACCUGGGGACUUGGUGGUACGAAGACGAUCAGUGAGGACUGGGACGAUGACUUUGAGUUCGGCGGCGAAGACGAGAUCGAUGGCCAGGACAUUGACGAUAGGUUCGCAGUACCCGAGUCGAUACAAGCAGCUCAGCCGAGCGUGAAAGCGCACUCUGGGCAGAUUCGCGAGCUCUCGCUGCUCGUCAACGAUCUGCAACGACUAUGCCGCCACGGCAAGGAGAUGGACCUCCUGGCCGGGCCGCAGAGGAGCUUGUGGAAGGAGGCAGAAGGCAUUAUUGCUCUUGCGUCGCCUGACGACGACGACAUGGCUCCCGACUACGACACUUCAUCAUCGAUUGAGCUGGACUUCGAGGCCGAAGACCAAAUUUCCGACGACGAAUUCGAGCCCUCAUCCUUGGAAAAGCUCGAUGCUGCUCUGACGGGACGGGAACCAAUCAUGUCGAAGACAGCCGUUGUCCGAGACCGCCCGUCUCCUCGUCGGCGAUCUGUAUUUUCCCCUGACGAUGAUAUCUUUGGCGCUCAGUGGCCUUUGACCGAAGACAACCUGCAGGCCGCACGUGCGAGCCGGCCGAGGACGCCGGAAUCACGCUUGAUCAGGUCUACGGAUGUCAACGGAGUUGUAAAAUCCGUGGUCGAGGUCAUGCAGCAGCAGCAGCAGCAGCAACAGUCCAUUGCCAACUCCCCUCAGGCCAACGGCAAUGCUCACAGGAAGAUGCAUUUCGACACCAACAGCUUGAAGGUCCUGGUCAAACGGGCUGGCGACCUGAGGGAUAUUCUCUCUGAUAGUAUCCGCCAGGUAGACCAGAUCACGCACAGCCCGGCACGAACGCCUCGUCAUCAGCGGCAGCUCGAGUCGAGCCCUGCCUUUGUCAAGGUUUUCGAUGAUCCUGCCUCAAGUCCACCGAGGCGGGCUGUCCGCAGUCGAACGAACACGGCGAUGAGGGACGACGCUUCGCCAGACGCAUCGCCAUCUAAUGGAGUCACUCGUCGGAUGCAGCUGAUGACGGUGCAAUGAGCCAACCUGGCCGACCUACACUGUGGACUCGGUGUGAGGAUCAGUGUAUAACACUUUUAGUGUGUUGUCAAAGUUUUUCGUUUGUUUGCAUAGCGACGGUUUCCUUUUUCUAUUUAUUUCUACAGCACAAAAAAGUCUGACGACGUCAUUGGCUCAGUCCGCUAGAGGGAAGGGUAUGAUUGAUCACGAGGGUCCUCGUCUUGUCAGCUGAGGAGGACUUGGACGGGAUUUUCUUUAACGUUAGACUCAGUUUCGUCACGAGUGGCCAUGAAACACGACGACGGGU